GAGCCCAGUGCUCAGAGAGAAAGGCUAAAGUCCUAAGGAGGAUGUGGCUGCAGAACCUGCUUCUCCUGAGCACUGUGGUCUGCAGCACCUCCGCACCCACCCACCCACCCAGCCCUGCCACCCGGCCCUGGCAGCAUGUGGAUGCCAUCAAGGAGGCCCUGAGCAUUCUGAACCACAGUAAAGACACUGCUGCUGUGAUGAGUGAAACAACAGAAGUCAUCUCUGAAAUGUUUGACUCCCAGGAGCCGACAUGCCUGCAGACUCGCCUGGAGCUGUACAAGCAGGGCCUGCGGGGCAGCCUCACUAGUCUCGAGGGCCCCUUGACCAUGAUGGCCAGCCACUACAAGCAGCACUGCCCCCCCACUCAGGAAACUUCCUGUGAAACCCAGAUUAUCACCUUUAAAAGUUUCAAAGAGAACCUGAAGGGUUUUCUUUUUACCAUCCCCUUUGACUGCUGGGAGGCAGUCCAGAAGUGAAGCAGGCCAGACCAGCCAGAAGCCAGCCUGGGAGCUUACCUCACAGAUCACUGCCCUCCCAUCCACAAAGAG